AUGCAGAUAACAGCCCCGACCCCCAGCCGGAGCCGCAGAGUCCCUGGGCCACCCCGGCCGCUUGCAGCGCUGCGCCGCACUGAGCCGUGCUCCCGGAGCCGGACCGGGGCCACCGCUCCCGCUCUGCUCCAACCCCGCGCCCACUGGACAGCCGCCCUCUCCUCCAGGCCCGUAGGGCUGGCCCUGCCCCGCCGAGCUUCCCGGGAUGAGGGCUCCCGCGCCGGGGCUAUUGGCCGGGAGGUGGCCGGGUUCAAGGACCAGCGACUUGUCAAGGACCCCGGAGGUGGAAAGGGGGUGGGACAGCCUCCACGUGCCAAAUGUCCUGCCUGGCUUUGGCUUCUCCUGUCCCUGCUGUGGCUCCCUCUGGGCCUCCCAGUCCUGGGCGCCCCCCUACACCUCAUCUGUGACAGCGGAGUCCUGGAGCGGUAUGUCUUGGAGGGCAAGGAGGCCGAGAAUGUCACGAUGGGCUGUGCCGAAGGCUGCAGCUUGAAUGAGAAUAUCACCGUCCCAGACACCAAAGUCAACUUCUAUGCCUGGAAGAAGAUGGAGUUCGAGCAGCAGGCUGUAGACGUCUGGCAGGGUUUGACCCUGCUCUCAGAAGCUGUCCUUCGGGGCCGGGCCCUGUUGGCCAACUCCUCCCAGCCAAGGGAGCCCCUGCAGCUGCACAUGGAUAGAGCUGUCAGUGGCCUUCGCAGCCUCACCACUCUGCUUCGGGCGCUGGGAGCCCAGAAGGAAGCCACCUCCCCUCCAGAUACAGCCCCCUCGGCUGUUCCACUCCAAACAAUCACUGCUGACACUUUCAGAAAACUCUUCCAAGUCUACUCCAAUUUUAUCCGGGGAAAGCUGAAGCUGUACACAGGAGAGGCCUGCAGAACAGGGGACAGGUGACCAGGUGCAUCCAGCUGGACACAUCCACCACCUCCCUCACCAACAUCGCCCAUGCCACACCCUCCCCCGCCACUCCUAACCCCCAUCAAGGGGCUCUCAGCUCAGCGCCAGCCUGUCCCACGGACACUCCAGUGCCAGCGAUGACAUCUCAGAGGCCGGAGGAACUGUCCAGAGCACAACUCUGAAAUCUAAGGAUGUCACAGGGCCAGCUUGAGGGCCCAGAGCAGGAAGCAUUUAGAGAGCAACUUUAAACUCAGGGACAGAGCCAUGCUGGGGAGAUGACUGUGCUCACUGGGUGCCCUGCAAAAUUUGAUGCCAGGACACGCUUUGGAGGCAAUUUACCUGUUUUUGCGCCUGCCAUCAUUGAUGGGAUGGCCUGGAGAAUUUAGGUGGCAAGGUGUGACUUUUCCAGGUCUCACGGGCACUCCCUUGGCGACAAGAGCCGCCUGGACACUGGGGUGGUGGGAACCGUGAAGAUGGGAUGGGGGCUGGGCUCUGGCUCUCAUGGGGUCCAUGUUUUGUGUAUUCCUCAAUCUCAUUAGCAAGAACUGAAACCACC